AUGAAGCUGACCUCUGUCCUUCUCGCCCUCUUUGGUGCCGAGGCCGUUCUCGCCAACCCAGUGGUUCUUGUCCCGCGCGAUUCCCGCGCCGCCAAGCGUGCGUUCCAGCGCAAGACAAGCCCUCCCAUCCCCAUUGCCGACGGCAACGUCUCCCUUGACAGCGUCGAAGGCAAUGACACGGCGCAGGUGUCCUACUCCAGCAACUGGGCAGGUGCUGUUCUCAUCGGCUCGGGCUACAAGUCUGUUGUCGGUACCAUCAAGGUGCCCACGCCCAAGACCCCUAGUGGCGGCUCUAGUAGUACGACCUACUCGGCGUCGGCCUGGGUCGGCAUCGACGGCGACACCUGCCAGACUGCCAUCCUCCAGACGGGCAUCGACUUCAACGUGAGGGGGUCCUCUGUCUCCUUUGACGCCUGGUACGAGUGGUACCCGGACUACGCCUACACCUUCUCUGGUUUCGCCGUCAGUGCCGGCGAUAGCAUCCGCAUGACCGCCACGGCGACUAGCACCUCGGCCGGCAGCGUUAAGAUAGAGAAUCUGACCACUGGCAAGAGCGUGUCGCACUCGUUUAGCGGCGAGUCGGACAUGCUGUGCGAGACCAACGCCGAGUGGAUCGUCGAGGACUUUUCGAGUGGUGGCAGUCUCGUGCCCUUUGCCAACUUUGGCACUGUUACUUUUACCGGCGCCAGCGCGACAACCGGCAGCGGAACAGUUGGCGUGAGUGGCGCCCAGAUCUUUGACAUCAAGCAGGGCAACACUGUCCAUACCGACUGCUCCGUGUCGGGCUCAUCGACUGUGACCUGCAAUCUGACCUUGAGUGUGCAACACACUGGUGCAUUGCGUUCCUCCGUGAGAAAAUCUGAAGCCCAUAAUGGCAAUUGUCUGAACCUUGGAGACGAGCGAACCUGGGUCCUUGAGGGCGUCGUCAACCUUAUCGCCGGCAAAACUGAACUGGACCUGACCAUUGGCAUGGGCAAGCAGCCUGACACCGCAAGAUCUCAGAACCUCAACCGUCUUGCCAGCAUUGAUGCGGCGGGUGCCUACGGUUCGGGCCUUGCAAUCCAUGGCCUCCUCACAUUCAUUAAGGUGUGA